AUGGGGCGUACCAUUGACCAGGAUGUACAUGCGGCAUUCGUCGAGUUCAAGGCCAAAGAGGACGAUAAAUGCAUGUCCGUGCAAUGCAUCUACUGCCAACAGAUCCGUGCAAAGAACACGUCGCGCCAGAAGCAACAUCUGCUCGAGUGCCCUGGCCUGCAGAACCAUCCAAGUGCCCCUCGCCCACAGUCUUCUCCUGGCGAUGCCAUCGGCGCGGGAAAUGGCUUCGGCACGCCGUCCAUCUCGCACAGCUCGACGACCCCCAUGAACAAUGGCAUCGCUGCCAGUAGCACUCCUAUGCAAGGAAUCUCCAACGGCACAGCCAUCUCACAGCCAGCCGCCUCUACCACCCCGAGCCAACGCCACACCCCGAAGCCCACAAAGACCCCCAAGCUCACGCCUGGCUCCAACCUCCCCGCGCCGCCUCUGGAUGAUGUCCAUGCUGCCUUUGUCGAGUUCAGAGCCAAAGAGGAGGACAAGUGCCUGUCUGUACAAUGCAUCUACUGCAACCAGAUCAGAGCGAAGAACACCUCGAGACAGCGCCAGCACCUCCUCGAGUGCGCCACCUAUCAAAAUGUCAUGAAGGAAUCGAUACCGGCAAACAACCUUCUUCAUAGAUUCGACGAAGGUGAUAUUGCCCGUUCCCUUCAGUUGCCGACCCCUACCCUUGAGCUUGACUUCCGCAUGAGCAUCAAGGUCAAUCCCAAGAUUGGUGUUGGAUCAGGUCUGUUGGGUCAUCGCGACUGGGUCGGCGUUGUAGGGGGCCAGUGGGCUGGACGGUGGGGCAAAGGUAUUGUCAUUCCUGGCGGCCUAGACAAUCAACUUGUGGUGAAGGACUAUUCAACUCGCAGCGACGCCCACUAUCUGCUCCAAACCAACGACGAUCCUGUGGCGUACAUUAUAGCAAAAACCAGGGGCUGGCGUACCGGUCCCAAAGACGUUCUCGAACGGCUCAAUGACCCCUUGGUUGCGGACACCAUCCCCGCCAACCAUUACAAGUUCCGCAUCACUGUCGAACUUGAGACUGGCGACGAGAGGUAUGCGUUUCUGAAUACCUGCCUUUGGGUGGGAAGUGGAAGUCGGAGAGUUGGUGAAAUCAUUUACGAUGCAUACCGGGUCGGCUAG